GUGUGUGUGAGCGCGGGUGUGAGGCGGUGCGCAGGGGCGGGCGGAGGCGCUGUCCGGCCCCGGCCAGGCGCCGGGCGGGGAGCAUGGGAAGGGGCUAGAGCUGCCCGGGUCCCCCAGCCCUCUCCCCGGGAUCCGCGCCCCCCCUCCCGGGAGAGGGGCCGGGCCCCCCGGACGGACAUGGGCUCCUGAAGUUGCGCCGCUGCUGGUCUGGGGAAGAGACCUGACAGGUAAUUAAAUGUGUAUCUUGUGGACCUGGGCUUGGCUGGAAUGCUCAAGGGUCCUGAAGAUCCUUCUAUAGUUUCCUUCUGUUGAACCCAUUAAGAGAAGAUGGCAAAAGUCAACAUAACUAGAGACCUCAUCUGUAGGCAGAUCAAGGAGCGGGGUGCCCUGAGCUUUGAGAGGCGCUACCAUGUCACUGACCCCUUCAUCCGGCGGCUGGGCCUGGAAGCAGAGCUGCAGGGUCACUCAGGAUGUGUCAACUGUCUGGAGUGGAAUGAGAAAGGAGACUUGCUGGCCUCUGGUUCUGACGACCAACACACGAUUGUGUGGGACCCAUUGCACCACAAGAAGCUGCUCUCCAUGCACACGGGACACACUGCAAAUAUCUUCUCUGUCAAGUUCCUGCCUCACGCUGGCGACCGCAUCUUGAUCACUGGGGCAGCUGACUCCAAGGUGCAUGUCCACGACCUGACAGUAAAGGAGACUAUCCACAUGUUUGGAGACCACACAAAUCGAGUGAAACGCAUCGCCACAGCACCCAUGUGGCCUAACACAUUCUGGAGUGCUGCUGAGGAUGGGCUUAUCCGCCAGUAUGACCUUCGGGAGAACAGUAAACACUCAGAGGUGCUGAUUGACCUGACAGAGUACUGUGGCCAGCUGGUGGAAGCCAAGUGCCUCACCGUCAACCCCCAGGACAACAACUGCCUGGCGGUAGGGGCCAGUGGGCCCUUCGUUAGGCUCUAUGACAUUCGCAUGAUCCACAACCACAGAAAGAGCAUGAAGCAGAGCCCUUCAGCAGGUGUGCACACCUUCUGUGACCGGCAGAAGCCCCUUCCAGAUGGUGCAGCCCAGUAUUACGUAGCAGGUCACCUGCCAGUGAAGCUGCCUGACUACAACAACCGUCUGAGAGUGCUGGUUGCCACCUAUGUGACCUUCAGCCCCAAUGGCACAGAGCUGCUAGUCAACAUGGGAGGGGAACAGGUCUAUUUGUUUGACUUGACUUACAAGCAGCGACCAUACACCUUCCUCUUGCCUAGAAAAUGCCACUCCUCAGGGGAAGUCCAGAAUGGCAAGAUGUCCACCAACGGUGUGUCCAAUGGUGUGUCCAACGGCCUACACCUUCACAGCAAUGGCUUCCGGCUGCCAGAGAGCAGGGGACAUGUCAGCCCCCAAGUAGAGCUGCCCCCAUACCUGGAGCGUGUGAAACAGCAAGCCAAUGAGGCUUUUGCCUGCCAGCAGUGGACCCAGGCCAUUCAGCUUUACAGCAAGGCUGUGCAGAGGGCCCCUCACAAUGCCAUGCUCUAUGGAAACCGAGCUGCCGCCUACAUGAAGCGCAAGUGGGACGGUGACCACUACGAUGCCCUGAGGGACUGCCUCAAGGCCAUCUCCUUAAACCCGUGCCACCUGAAGGCACACUUUCGUCUGGCCCGCUGCCUAUUUGAGCUCAAGUAUGUGGCUGAAGCCCUGGAGUGCCUGGAUGACUUCAAAGGAAAGUUCCCAGAGCAGGCCCACAGCAGCGCUUGUGAUGCACUGGGCCGUGACAUCACGGCUGCCCUCUUCUCCAAAAAUGAUGGUGAGGAGAAGAAGGGAGCUGGUGGUGGCCCAGUCCGCCUCCGCAGCACCAGCCGCAAGGACUCCAUCUCAGAGGACGAGAUGGUGCUGCGAGAGCGAAGCUAUGACUAUCAGUUCCGCUACUGCGGCCACUGCAACACCACCACGGAUAUCAAGGAGGCCAAUUUCUUUGGCAGCAACGCUCAAUACAUCGUCAGUGGCUCUGACGAUGGCUCCUUCUUCAUCUGGGAAAAGGAGACCACCAACUUGGUCCGCGUGCUCCAGGGGGAUGAGUCCAUCGUCAACUGUCUGCAGCCGCACCCCAGCUACUGCUUCCUGGCCACCAGUGGCAUCGACCCUGUUGUGCGGCUCUGGAACCCCCGACCAGAGAGCGAAGACCUCACAGGCCGAGUUGUGGAGGACAUGGAGGGCGCUUCUCAGGCCAACCAGCGGCGCAUGAACGCAGACCCCCUGGAGGUGAUGCUGCUCAACAUGGGCUACCGGAUCACAGGCCUGAGUAGUGGGGGUGCUGGGGCCUCUGACGAUGAGGACAGCUCCGAGGGCCAGGUGCAGUGCCGGCCCAGCUAGGCUCUCCGAGCCCCGGUCCCCAGCCCCUGCUACUGGCUGGACCUUCCACCCUGAGCAAGAGGUCAGGGGGUUCUGUUUUGGUUUGUCUUCCCCACCCCCACCCCCAUUUUUUCAUUUUUUCCCUGUUUCGUUUGUUAGUUUGGCAUUGGGGGUAGGGGUUGCUACAACUUGCUGGCUUUCAGACUCUUGGGAUGAUUGUCCCUUGACUGUCCCCAGCCCUGAGCAGUACAGGAGGGGAAGCCUCUCCAAAUGGCCCUACCUCCUGCUUCCAUGUCUCUGGAGGGCUCUGGCCUGCCUCAGAACCCCUUCUGCCUCAGAUGGGGAGGCGAGGGCUGAAACUGUCUUCGAGGACUGUCCUGCCCUUCAGUUGGCAGCAGGAAGGGGCGCGGAAUUCCCAGUUGGUAAGGGCUACCCUUGGCCUGUUGCCACUCUUGCUCCCUGGCCUGCAGGGCCAGCUCCCCCGUGGUCUUCAGGGAAGGUUCUGUAAAAAGGGUGGGGUCCCACACCCUCCUGCCAGAGCCAGCAGUGUUAGAGUGGAAGCAAAAGGAAAGAUGGAAGCCCUGGUGUGGACAAGGCCAGGCUCUUUGCCCUGGUUGCAGUGGGGCAUCCUUGCCCCUCCUGGGCACUGCACUGGCCCUAUGCCUACUCUCACUGGCCACCUCUGGGGGCUCUGCCUUUCCUGAGGGCCUUGGCAGAGGAUGGGACACUGCGCCAUACCCCCCACCCCCAUUCGUGCCAUGCCAGCACUUCCGCAUUACGGCCACUCUCCUCUGGGCGCUCCUCAGCCUCACUGUGACCUUUCUGCCAGAGCUCCCAGCCAGGCCUGCUCUGCUGAGGUGGCGCUUCCUGCUAAGGGCCCUUCUCUGCCCUUUCUGCCCUCCUUCCCACCCCACAUGCUGAGCCGCCACAAAGACCAAAGAAGUGAUGGCUUUUCUCUGUCCCCUGCUGCUCUGGGGGGAGGGGGUGGGUCUCCUGAGCCACUGGGAUGGGAAAGUCCCCAUCUCGGCCCCUCCCUCCUCAGCAGCCCCAAGCUUUACACUGGAUGCAGCGUCACCCCACCACUCACCAAGCCUCCCCUUUACCCUCUACCCCGGGCUCUUAGCUCGUGCUGCUCCUGGGAGUUGGUUCGUCCUUCCUCCCCUCCCCCUCCCCCUCAGUGCUCACUUGGCUCCAGCCCUCCAGCUGCAGCCUCUGGG